GGCGUCCGUGAGUUGUCGGUGCGGGCGACAGCGCUGCUGAACAUGGCGUCAGACGGGAUGAUUUUAACGAACCACGACCACCAAAUCCGGGUCGGAGUCCUGACAGUGAGUGACAGUUGUUUUAGGAACCUUGCAGAGGACCGCAGCGGGGUUAACCUCAAAGAUCUCGUCCACGACCCCUCUCUAUUGGGGGGUAUGAUUGCCGCCUACAAGAUAGUGCCAGAUGAAAUAGAUGAAAUUAAGGAGACUCUGGUGCACUGGUGCGAUGAAAAAGAACUCAACCUCAUCCUCACCACCGGAGGCACGGGCUUCGCUCCGAGAGACGUCACACCAGAGGCUACUAAGGAGGUGAUCGAGCGUGAGGCUCCGGGGAUGUCUCUGGCAAUGCUGAUGGGAUCCCUCAAUGUCACACCACUAGGCAUGCUUUCCAGACCAGUGUGUGGCAUUCGAGGGAAGACGCUCAUCAUCAACUUACCAGGAAGCAAGAAAGGAUCCCAGGAGUGCUUUCAGUUCAUUCUCCCAGCGCUGCCGCACGCCAUCGACCUCCUUCGGGACGCAGUGGUGAAGGUAAAAGAGGCCGCAGACGAGCUGGAGGACUUGCCUUCGCCACCGCCGCCCCUCUCCCCGCCUCCCAACAGUUCACCACGCCGGCAGACAGAAGACAAAGGUGUGCAAUGUGAGGAGGAGGAUGAGGAGAAGAAGGACAGCGGCGUGGCGUCUACCGAGGACAGCUCCUCCUCCCAUAUCACCGCCGCAUCCAUCGCGGCCAAGAUCCCAGACUCCAUCAUCUCACGGGGUGUGCAGGUGUUGCCCAGGGACGCAGCCUCUCUCAGCACCACGCCCUCCGAGUCGCCUCGCGCCCAGGCCACCUCCCGUCUCUCGACUGCUUCCUGUCCCACGCCCAAAGCGCGGCUCCCCUCCUGUUCAUCCACCUUAAGCAUUGCUGAGGCCUCACGGAGAGAAUUCAGGGCUCACCUGGAUGAGGUCAUCACGCUCAAGUCAAGGUACUCUACCUUGGACCAGCUCCAGUGUAGGUUGGAGGGGCUUAAAGAUGAUCGCAGGAGGACCUUCAGCUCUCGAGUGCAGUCACGAUGCAGCAGCAAAGAAAAUAUCCUAAGAUCAAGUCACAGUGCAGUGGACAUCACAAAGGUGGCCCGGAGGCAUCGCAUGUCCCCUUUCCCACUUACCUCCAUGGACAAGGCCUUCAUCACUGUGUUGGAGAUGACUGCCAUCCUGGGCACUGAAAUCAUCAACUACAGAGAUGGAAUGGGCCGAGUCCUUGCUCAGGACGUUUAUGCCAAAGACAACCUUCCACCCUUCCCUGCUUCAGUCAAGGAUGGAUAUGCUGUAAGAGCGGCUGAUGGCCCAGGUGACCGCUUUAUCAUAGGGGAAUCCCAAGCUGGAGAGCAGCCCACCCACACAGUGAUGCCUGGCCAGGUGAUGAGGGUGACGACGGGUGCACCUAUACCCUGCGGGGCCGACGCUGUGGUCCAGGUGGAAGACACCGAGCUCCUCCGCGAGUCUGAAGAUGGAACAGAGGAGCUGGAGGUACGGAUUUUAGUACAAGCUCGUCCAGGACAGGACAUCAGGCCCAUCGGUCACGACAUCAAGCGUGGGGAGUGUGUGCUGGCAAAGGGCACCCAUAUGGGCCCUUCAGAAAUAGGUCUCUUGGCUACUGUGGGAGUCACAGAGGUGGAGGUUCAGAAAUUCCCUGUGGUGGCCGUCAUGUCCACAGGAAACGAGCUGCUAAACCCAGAGGACGACCUCCAUCCUGGGAAAAUCAGAGACAGCAAUCGCUCCACCCUGCUGGCCACUAUCCAGGAACACGGCUACCCAACGAUUAAUCUGGGCAUCGUUGGAGACAACCCUGAUGACCUUCUCAACGCUCUGAAUGAAGGCAUCAGCCGUGCUGAUGUCAUCAUCACCUCAGGAGGCGUGUCCAUGGGAGAGAAGGAUUACCUUAAGCAGGUGCUGGAUAUUGAUCUUCAUGCUCAGAUCCAUUUUGGUCGUGUUUUCAUGAAACCGGGUCUCCCAACAACAUUUGCCACCUUGGACAUAGACGGUGCUCGCAAACUCAUUUUUGCCCUUCCAGGAAACCCCGUGUCUGCUGUUGUCACCUGUAAUCUUUUUGUCAUCCCUGCCUUGAGGAAGAUGCAGGGCAUUUUGGACCCCAGGCCCACUAUCAUCAAAGCACGGUUGUCAUGUGACGUGAAGCUGGACCCUCGCCCUGAAUACCAUCGCUGCAUUUUAACGUGGCAUCACCAGGAGCCUCUGCCGUGGGCACAGAGCACAGGAAACCAGGUGAGCAGCAGAUUGAUGAGUAUGCGCAGCGCUAACGGGCUCCUGAUGCUACCUCCAAAAACAGAGCAAUACGUGGAGCUGCACAAGGGCGAGGUGGUCGACGUCAUGGUCAUCGGACGGCUAUGAUGUCAUCAGAUAGGGACGGCGAGACGGCGUCAUAUAGCGCGGGUUGGAAUGGGUGGUUCACGGUGCAUGUCCACAUAUCAUUGACUAUUCUGUAAUAUGCAACGGCACAGCUAGUUUUUAUUGAUUUGGAUAACGUUGAGGUAUAGUCAACAUCUCGGUCACAACCUAGAUACAUAUAAAAAAAAAUAAUAAUUUAAAAAGAUUCUAGUAUUUCAAACAAAGAAAAUAUAACUUUUAAAGAAAAAAAAUCUAAUUAUAAAAAGAGAUUUAUUCUGUAAUAUAUUAUUAUGAUUAU